AUGUGUUUUCAUCUUGAGUCCAACAGACCUAUGGAGUUACGCUUGAACGUUGUGUUGCUACUGCAGCGAGGAGCAAGAUCCCCCCGUAGAGAUUUAGGAUUAUCACCAUCCGAGAAUCCACUUCCGCCUCUACAGGGAUCUCAUGAGGCUGCUCCGCCCGACCGUGCACAUUCAAUUAUGGUCGACAUUCAGGAUUUUUGCUGGGUUAACGAGGAUUACUGUGUCAGAGUAUACAUUCCAUUUCCAGGAAUCGACGCCAUUCCUCCUUCGUACAUAUCCUCUUCAUUCACCGACAGCUCCUUCUGCUUGUUGAUAAGGGGCAUUCGCGAUGGUGUAUGCUACCGACUUGCACUCGACAGUCUUUAUGGGGAAAUUCAGCCGAACCUGUGUUGUCACCUUGUGUACAAGGAUAAGCUUGAGAUUACUUUAUCAAAAGUCACAUCAGGCCCCUCUGAUGGACCUGACACGAACAUUUUCACAUGGUUUAGUCUUAGAUUAUAA